AUGACCUCGGCACCCAAAAUGUCCGCCACCCCAGGUAUCCUCUCUCCGGAGAUAGAGGCUUUGACCCUCCACAAUAAAACGCCCAUAUUGGCAAGAAUCUAUGGUGCCCCUUUCCUUACCCUCUACCCUCUCUUUUACUACGCCUACCACUACAGAUACGAAGACUGGAUCAAGUCGGAGGAAUGGACAUUCAUCUUCUGUGUCUUGCUUGGUGCCGGACAUGCUCUGAGUUUCCUCACUACCGCCUGGAGUAGCGGAAUAAAUGCCAAGGUCGCCUAUACCACCGCCGACUCCAUGAAGACUGCUUCCCGUAUUAGGGUGAUCCCUAAGAAGGGGCGGGGAAAGGGUGAUAUCAUCCCGCUUGAACGCAAGGAGACCCCUGGCUCCGUCGAACCUGCUUAUUCUUUCAACUAUCAGAGAGACACUUAUGUCUACAGCUCCUCGGAUAACGCCUUCACUCGAAUUCCCUAUCCCUGCGAUGCUGCCCCCCCUCUUUCCAUCUUCCAGACUUCCCGCGGUAUCCUUACCCACGCUCCUCUCAAAGACAAGCCCACUCCUCCUGUGACCGGCCUGCCCAACCUGGACACUCUGAAGGCAACCUACGGUUCCAACGAAUGCCACAUCCCUAUCCCCAAGUUCACCGAACUUUUCGCGGAACACGCUGUCGCGCCAUUCUUCGUCUUCCAGAUGUUUUGUGUUGCUCUCUGGUGCUUGGACGAAUACUGGUACUACUCUUUGUUCACAGCCUUCAUGCUGGUUGUCUUUGAGUGCACUGUCGUCUUCCAGCGAGUCAGGACUCUCCAAGAGUUCCGCACCAUGAGCAUCACUCCUUACCAGGUGCAGACUUUCCGGGAUGGCAAGUGGACCUCUGUUCUCACUACCGAUCUUGUCCCCGGAGACCUCGUUUCUGUCCUCCGAACCAACCCCGACUCUGGCGUCCCCUGCGACUUGUUGCUGCUCCGUGGCACUGCCAUCGUCAACGAAGCCAUGCUUUCCGGCGAAUCCACCCCUCUACUCAAGGAAAGCGUUGAGCUCAGGGAAGGCACCGACAGGCUCGACAUGAACGGGGCUGACAGGAACAACGUUCUCUUCUCCGGUACCAAGGCAUUGCAGGUCGAGAAGGCCGCCGAGGGUGGUCUCACCACUCCGGAUGAUGGAUGUCUUGCUGUUGUUCUUCGUACCGGCUUCGGCACCACUCAGGGUCAACUCGUCCGAACCAUGAUCUUCUCUACCGAGCGUGUGUCCGCCAACACUUUCGAAGCUUUCCUGUUUAUCGGCUUCCUCCUCAUCUUUGCCAUUGCGGCCAGUGCCUAUGUCUGGAUCAAGGGACUUGAGCGAGGUAUGGCCAAGGGCAAGCUCUUGUUGGACUGUGUUCUCAUCAUCACCUCUGUCGUUCCUCCCGAGCUUCCCAUGGAGCUUUCCUUGGCUGUCAAUGCUUCCCUCGUUGCCCUUCAAAAGUUCGCCAUCUUCUGCACCGAGCCCUUCCGAAUCCCAUGGGCCGGUCGAGUGGACGUCUGCUGUUUCGACAAGACUGGUACCAUUACCGGUGAAGACCUCGUUGUCGAAGGUAUUGCUGGUGUCAAGUCUACCGACCCCAAGGCUCUCGUCCCUGUUACCGCCAGCAACAAGGACACUACCCUUGCUCUUGCUGCUGCUCACGCUUUGGUCCUCUUGGAUGACGGAACUAUCGUCGGUGACCCCAUGGAGAAGACCACUCUGGCUGCUCUUGACUGGAAGAUCUCCAAAGGCGACCAGAUCAGUCCUAUUAGCAAGGAAGCUCCUCACAAGGCCCAGGUCCAUAUCAAGCGCCGAUAUCAAUUCUCCUCUGCUCUCAAGCGAAUGUCUACCAUCUCUACCGUGUCUGAACCCAGUGGCGGUAAGCGAUGGAUCGCUGCCGUUAAGGGUGCUCCCGAGACUCUCAAGGGCAUGUAUGUCUCUGUCCCGGAAUGGUACGAGGAGACCUACAGGUGGUACACUCGUCGUGGUAGCCGAGUUUUGGCUCUGGGUGUCAAAUCUAUGAACGUGCAAGUUGAAAAGGUCAAGGAUAUCCACCGAGACCAGGUCGAGUGUGGCCUCACUUUCGCCGGUUUUCUUGUCUUUCACUGCCCUCUCAAGCCGGACGCUGUCGAAUCUCUCAAGAUGCUCAACGACUCUUCUCACCGAUGUGUUAUGAUUACCGGUGACAACCCCUUGACUGCUGUCCACGUUGCCAGGGAUGUCGAGAUUGUUGACCGUGAUGUCUUGAUCCUUGACGUCAAGGAGGAAUCCGCCGGCGAGCUGGUAUGGCACAAUGUUGACGACUCUGUGAUCAUCCCGGUCCGAGCUUCGGAGCCUUUCGACCAGUCUCUCUUCGACAAGUAUGACAUCUGUGUUACUGGCGUCGCCCUCAAGCAGUACGAGCAGCUUCCCUCCGUCACCGACCUCAUUCAAAACACCUACGUCUACGCGCGAGUGUCUCCCAACCAGAAGGAGUUUAUCAUCACCACUCUCCGUUCGCUUGGAUUCACUACUCUUAUGGCUGGAGACGGUACCAACGAUGUCGGCGCUCUCAAGGCUGCCCACAUCGGUGUCGCUCUUCUCGACGGUUCUCCCGAGGACUUGAAGGCUAUCGCCGAGCACCACAAGCUCGAGAGGAUGAAGAAGGUCUACGAGCAGCAAGUCCGAAUCUCUGCUAGGUUCAACCAGCCUCCUCCGCCUCCCCCCCCUGCUCUCAGAGAGGCGUUCCCCGAACUGGUCAAGACCCAGCAAGAGGUUGCUGUUGCCCACGCAAACGCCAGGAAGCAGAGCCCCUUGGAGAAGUUUGACAUGACUACGAUUACUGCCAAGCUCUCUGAGAUGGACGAGGACCAGGAAGUACCCCAGAUCAAGCUCGGUGAUGCUUCUUGCGCUGCUCCCUUUACUUCCAAGCUCUCUAAUGUCUCUGCUAUUACCAACAUCAUCCGACAAGGCCGAUGCACUUUGGUCGCCACUAUUCAGAUGUACAAGAUCCUCGCGCUCAACUGUCUGAUCACUGCCUACUCUUUGUCUGUCCAAUACCUCGACGGUAUCAAAUUUGGCGACUACCAAGUCACCAUCACUGGUAUGAUGAUGAGCGUCUGCUUCUUGUGUAUCUCUAGGGCCAAGCCCGUGGAGAAGCUCUCCAAGGAGAGGCCUCUUGGCAACAUUUUCAACUUCUACGUCUUGCUCUCUGUCUUGCUCCAAUUCGCCGUCCACAUCAUAACUUUGGUCUACAUCACUGGUCUCUCCAAGUCUCUCGAAGACCGAGGUGCGAUUGACCUCGAGAAGAAGUUUGAGCCCACUCUCUUGAACACUGCCAUCUACCUCCUCGGUCUCUCUCAGCAGGUCUCCACCUUUGUGCUCAACUUCCAAGGCCGUCCCUUCCGAGAGGGUAUUCGAGAGAACCCUCCUCUCUACUAUGGUCUUCUCGGUGCCAGUCUGGUCGCCUACUGCGGUGCCACCGACUUUAUCCCCGAGCUCAACAGGUGGUUGCAGCUGGUCGAGAUGACUACUUCUUUCCGAUUCAGGCUCGCCACCUCCAUGGCUCUCGACUUCCUCCUCUGUUAUGUCGUCGAAACCGGCUGCAAAGCCUUGUUUGCCGACAUUGAGCCCGUCGCGUUCGUGACCAAGGGCCGAGAGAGGAGGGAGAAGAGGCGAAGGGAAGAAGCCCUCCAGUUGAGAGAGGCUGAAAAGGCGAGGCUUAUUGCUGAGGGUGAGAAGAAGGGUCAGUAA